AUGCCCCAAACCAAAGAAGCGUCUCUCUCUGCAUCUGAAUUUAUGAUGCUGAGACAAGCAAAACUUGUGGGAGUAGGCCUCAUAACACUCCUCCAUGUCCGUUUUCUUUCAUUUUGCGCUGCUACUGAAAAUCAGCCCUGCAGGCCCUCUUCUUGCGGAGAUAUUCAAAACAUCAGCAACCCAUUUCGAUUAAAAGGUGACCCGCUUGGCUGUGGUCAUCCCGAUCCUGCAUACGAAUUGGCUUGUGAAAACAGCCGUACAAUCUUAUAUGGGAAAUACCAUGUUGCGGAGAUCAACUACGAUAACUAUACCAUCAGAAUUGUAGUUGUUGGGCUAGAGAAGAGCAACUGUUUCUCCCUUCCUCUCUAUUCCUUGACAGUAGAUGAUAUAUAUGUAUAUGGAUAUGAAUAUCCUGAAGAACUGGAUACUGUAGUUUUGAUGAACUGCGCAAGACCAAUCUUUGAUCAAUACUACAUUCCUAUUGUUCCCUGCAACCGCACCGAUGCUACUUUCUCUUCCUCACAACCAUAUGCUUAUGCGCUAGCUGGACGCUACAUGCAUCAAUCUUUUAAGAUCAGAUUUGCAAGAAAAGCUGCUUAUGGGGGUCCAGCUUUCAUUUUUGCGCUCUCGCUGCCAUGA